AUGGCGGGCGGAGGAGUGAAGAGGAGGAAGAAAGCGGGGCUCCCGGGAUUCUGCUGGAAGACCUGCUACUUCCACAUUUUGUUCUGGGUCGUCUCCGUCUGCGGCGAAGAGGAGACUUUCAUCGUGGAGACGUGGUUGAAAAACUAUGGCUACCUGGUGCCUCACGACAUUCGCACGUCGGACCUGCGCCAGGAGAAGGCCAUGCAGUCCGCUGUGGCAGCCAUGCAGAGGUUCUACGGCAUACCGGUGACGGGAAUACUGGACCAGACAACUAUCGAGUGGAUGCGGAGACCUCGUUGUGGUGUUCCAGACCACCCUCACACUAGCCGCCGACAAAGGAAUAAACGCUAUGCUCUGACAGGGCAGAAAUGGAGGGAGAAGAAGAUCUCCUACAGCAUAUCUAACUACACCCCUAAGGUUGGGGAGAAGGACACCCAAAGGGCAAUUCGACAGGCCUUCGAUGUUUGGCAGACGGUCACACCUCUGACCUUCCAGGAGGUGCCAUACUCGGACAUCAAGAAUGAGGGCAAGGAGGCUGACAUCAUGAUCUUCUUUGCGUCUGGCUUUCACGGUGACAGCUCUCCAUUUGAUGGCGAAGGGGGCUUCCUGGCCCACGCUUACUUUCCUGGCCCUGGCAUCGGAGGGGACACACACUUCGACUCAGAUGAGCCUUGGACGCUGGGCAACGCUAACCACGAUGGUAACGAUCUGUUUCUGGUGGCGGUCCAUGAGCUCGGCCAUGCGUUGGGACUGGAACAUUCAAAUGACCCCAGCGCAAUCAUGGCUCCCUUUUAUCAGUACAUGGAGACGCACAACUUCAAACUGCCACUGGAUGAUCUGCAAGGCAUACAGAAAAUCUACGGCAUUCCGACGGCCAUGUUGGAGCCCACGAGGCCCCUACCUACAUUGCCCUCUCGACGGACGCACUCCACCUCUGAACGCAAACAUGACCGCCAGUCCCGCCCAGCACGACCACCCUCAGGUGACCGGCCGGCACUCCCCGGUAAUGGCAAGCCCAACAUCUGUGAUGGUAACUUCAACACCGUGGCCUUCUUCAGGCGGGAGAUGUUUGUCUUCAAGGAUCGAUGGUUUUGGCGUCUACGGAACAACAAGGUCCAGGAGGGCUACCCCAUGCAGAUCGACCAUUUCUGGAAGGGGCUGCCGCCUCGCAUUGACGCUGCCUACGAGAGAUCUGACGGCAAAUUUGUUUUCUUCAAAGGUGAUAAGUACUGGGUGUUUAAAGAAGUGACUGCUGAGCCGGGCUACCCACACAGCCUGGUCGAGCUGGGUAGCUGCCUCCCAAAAGACGGCAUUGACACUGCACUGCGCUGGGAGCCCGUCGGAAAGACCUACUUCUUCAAGGGAGACCAGUACUGGCGCUACAACGAGGAGAAACACACGGCAGACCCAGGCUACCCCAAACCCAUCACCGUGUGGAAAGGAGUCCCAAAUGCACCGCAGGGAGCCUUCAUCAGUCGGGAGGGAUACUACACCUACUUCUACAAAGGGAAGGAGUACUGGAAGUUUGACAACCAGAAGCUGACAGUGGAACCUGGCUAUCCUAAGUCCAUCCUGCGUGACUGGAUGGGCUGCGACCAGUCCGACAUGGAGCGCUCCGCCAAUGGCAACCGUGGCGACCGCCAGUUGCCCCUCGACGACGUGGACAUCAUGGUGACCAUCAACGACGUCCCGGCGACGGUCAACGCCAUCGCCGUGGUGAUCCCCUGCAUUCUGUCGCUCUGCAUCCUGGUGCUGGUGUACACGAUCUUUCAGUUUAAAAACAAAGGGGUGCAGCAGAACACGGUGACCCAGCACUACUACAAAUACCCUGUACAAGAGUGGGUAUGA